UUCAUGGAAAUCCGUUCGGGGACAUUCGGCGUCUAGGGAAAUGCGUUGUCAUGUUCAUGUAUGCGCACCAAAAACGAAGCGGUGCAGUUGCAGACCGCUGAGAAAACGGCGGAGUCAUUUUGAGUUUUGAGCAAAACCGUGCCAAUUUUGGACUAUCGAAACGAUGACGGCGAGAUACGACAGAGCGAUCACGGUAUUUUCGCCAGAUGGUCAUCUGCUCCAGGUGGAAUACGCUCAGGAAGCCGUCAAGAAGGGCUCGACAGCGGUUGGCGUACGUGGGGCUGAUGUAGUGGUUUUAGGUGUAGAGAAGAAAUCGGUGGCUAAAUUGCAAGAGGAACGCACAGUACGCAAAAUAUGUCUCCUGGAUGAUCAUGUAGUUAUGGCCUUUGCAGGUUUGACUGCUGACGCAAGAGUAUUAAUCAACCGUGCGCAAAUCGAAUGUCAGAGUCACAAAUUAACUGUAGAGGAUCCUGUUACCUUGGAAUAUAUAACAAGGUAUAUCGCAGGUUUAAAACAAAAAUAUACACAAAGCAAUGGCCGUAGACCUUUUGGAAUAUCCUGUCUCCUAGCUGGAUUUGACUACGAUGGUGCACCACAUCUGUAUCAAACAGAACCGUCAGGAAUAUAUUACGAGUGGAAGGCUAAUGCAACAGGUCGCAGUGCUAAGACUGUGCAUGAAUUCUUGGAGAAGUAUUAUACUGCAGAAGAGGUGUCGACGGAAAGAGGUUCUAUAAAAUUAGCGAUCAGAGCGCUACUUGAAGUAGUUCAGUCCGGACAAAAAAAUUUGGAAAUAGCUGUGAUGCGACGUGGAGAACCGUUGCAGAUGUUAGACACAGAUACUAUAGGCAAAUACGUGACAGAAAUCGAGAAGGAGAAAGAAGCGGAAGCCGAAAAGAAAAAGCAGAAAAAGUGAUGUCUCUCCCUGCACUUUUAUUAUAUUAUUAUUAAUUUUUCUCGUGAAAUAAAUAUGCCGCAAUUAGGUAAAGAACAGAGAAAUGAAACACGACGAAAUUGCGAAACUUCUUUUAUUCGUACUAUUUACUGCCAUAAUUGGGUGUGAAAUGCAUAUACAAAACCACUCGCCGUGUUUGAGAUCUCACAAUUUGAAUUACAAUUACAAGAUGAAGAUCACAAUCUGGUGUCAUUUGUUUUCAACAAUAAAUAAUUAAAUUUAA